CUACUGCUUCCAACAAUCUCAAAACAAGGAACUACUUCUCCAUAGAAAAAGCUACGUUGCAAUACACAAACACAAAAAUUAAAUAUUACAUUUCAGAUUUUCCAUAUAAUAUAACUCCAAUGAUGUUCUUACGAUUCUCUCUAAUAAUAUAUCUUGCUGGAUUACAAACUUUGCUUAUAUCCUCGUAGUUCUGUGCCCGGCUAAUCGCCGAAGGGCUCGUUAUAUCCUGGGGGAAGAUUUCCGGCUACCGGAAAUACUUUCUUGAGGACAUCGUCUGACGCGUCUCGAGCCAUUGCCUUUCUUGUUAUUUUCGUGUGCAGGUAUUGCCAUUAAUUCACUGCAUUGAGGGUGCAGUUCGGUGACAAAAGACUGACUGAAAACGACGAAGAAGGAACUAGCUUCUGGAAGAAAGCAGAAGAGGACGACAACCAGACCCGGACUUGCUGUUGGAAGUUUCUGGAGUGGAAGAAGAAGAAGCGGUUUGUCGGAAGACGUCAGCCAAUUCAGGUAUUAUCACAUGGCACAUUUGGAAGACCUAUUCGGAGCUAAUUUGGGGAAAUCUUACUAAAGCCCCUUCCACUGAAGACCUAAUCUGGAAGAUUAAACUUUAUACCCAAAAUUGGGUUCUAAGUUUCAAUCAUUCUAAGCUGCGAUUUUCUACAGGCGUUCUAACUGAAGAAAAGCUUGUUCCUGUCAACUAUCACAUUUCCCAAAAGCUUUACAAUCCAGUUCGUUGGGUGAAGCCAAAACAGGGGUUGAAAUUGAAUGUAGACGCUGCUUACAUACCUGGCCAAGCAUAUGGAGGUGCGAUUUUGAGAAAUAUUGAUGGUAGGAUGGUCUGUGCUACUGCUUUUCCUCUCGAGGCUCUAUCCAGUUUGGAAGCGGAGCUAAUGGCGCUGAUAAAGGCGACGACUUGGGCGAUUCACAAUGGUUAUGAUGGGUUUCAGGUAGAGUGUGAUGCUGAUGAGGCUCUCGACUAUAUCUCAGGUAGGAAAUUUGGCAGAUGGAAGGAAGAUAUUGUUCGAUUCAGGGAGAUCUCUUUUAGGAAAGGUAUUUCCUUCAGACAUGUUUUACGGGAAGGUAAUGAACCGGCACAUUUGCUUGCGGGCUUCUCUCCGGCCCAUUUGACCAUUUGGACUGAUGUUAAGCUUCUCCCCAGUCCGAUUAGAACUGCUAUUCUUCUGGACUUUUUUAAUUUUCCAUCUUUUAGAUGGCGUGUUUAAUUUGUUUUUUAUUAUUAUUUUGAUUUGUUGGGAGAGGUUUUGGUAUAGUCCCCCUUUCUUUUUGUUCGCCCUCUCUUAUUAAUAAAAUACUGGCAAUUGACCCCCGGC